AUGGACAUCUCACCUACAGUAACCGAGUUUGAGGAAUACAAAAUCCUCUUGUCGCAUCUGGACAAUCCAGAAAAGACGGAUGCCACGUUCGAACGCCUCCAAACAUGCGCAAAAUCAACGCUCCCUGACCACGACAAGCUCGAAGCACACCUAGGCAAACUGUGGAACAGCUUUCUCCAUCUUGCCUCUCAGCAAUCUCACUCCUCAAAUGACCAAGACUCGCUCGUCAAGCUACUCCAGACCCUGGACACCGAAGCACCUUCUAUCAAGGACGCAAAUGGAAAAGAGGUCGAGGUUGAUGGCCAUGCGGUCUAUAACGACCUCCCCCUCUUCGGUCAACAAGCACGCGAAUGCUGGAACUUCCCGGACGACAAAGAGGUGGACACCAAGACCAGGGAUACGUGGAUCAACGUCAAUGCAUUCGUCGCUCGCUUGACCGCUGCAGCCGUCAACCCACACGGUGGUGAGAGGCAAGGUUACAACGCACUCGACUAUUCGCUCUACGGUGUCUGGAGCUUAAGAAGUGCGCUCGAGGAGGACCUGUCAAACUUGCCCGCCAAGACCACCAGCGAUGCUUCUAUUGGUGCUGCUGCGGUGUGGAUGCUCUAUGCUGGUCCUACACUCAAGGGUCUCUCGGACAGUGACAAGACUUACAGCGGCAAGGUUGCAAGGUCUGGAUUCAAGUACAAGGAUCGUGAAUGGAGAGGUUAUACGAAGGACAGGUGGGAAGCGUGGACGAAAGAGCUCACUCAGGCUGAAGCUCUGGUGCAGGACGAUAGCAUCAAGGAACUUGUGGAAAGAGCGACAAAAGCCAUGAAG